UCAGCUUCGAUAAUCUACACAGCCGUGGUUCGUGGUAAGGUAGCGCUGCCGUGCAACAUUGAGCCGCCCGCUAAGGAUGACGAAGUCGUUCUUGUGCUGUGGUACAAAGACGAAACGCCAGCGCCCAUAUUCACCCUCGACGCCCGGAAAGGAAAUCUCGACCGUGCCAAACAGGCGGCGCUAUCGGAGUUGGGUAGUCGGGCCUAUUUCAAUAUGGCAAAUCGGCCCGCGUUUCUCCAACUCGACCCCGUGCAGGAGUCCGACGCCGGGGAAUACCGAUGCCGGGUCGAUUUCAAGAAAGCUCGAUCCAUCAACACGGUCAUCAAUCUGCGAGUGAUCGUGCCCCCGGGAGAGCCCAUGAUAGUGGACAGCGACGGUAAAAGGCUUCGCGGUCUCGUGGGACCGUACAAUGAAGGCGAGCCGCUGAAGUUGACAUGUCAAGCAGAACACGGCAAACCGCGACCGGCUGUCACCUGGUGGAAGGAUUACCGUUUGAUUGACGACUCGUACGUGUUCGAUCAGGACGGCGCGGUUGUCAAAAACCAAUUGGACCUGAAGGCACUCACGAGGAACGACCUCCUCGCCGUUCUCGUUUGCCAGGCGUCAAACAAUAACAUCACCGUACCUACUCCCAGUCAAAUUACUCUUGACCUUAAUUUGAAACCCUUGGACGUCACAAUUCAACCGGUGGAGAGGCCAUUGUCGGCUAACAAAGAAGUCGAAUUGGUCUGUACGUCAACGGGAUCCCGACCGCCAGCGACACUCUCAUGGUGGAGAGGCAAUCAACAAAUCAAGACUACUCGCGAAGAGGACUCCAAAGGAGGCCUCUCGACUAGCACCAGUAUUCUCACGUUCACACCCGGAAUCGAUGACAACAAUCGGAUUUUGGCGUGCCGAGCAGAAAACAAGGCCAUUCCCGGCAGUGCUCUCGAACAAGCCUGGAAACUCGAUGUUCACUAUGCGCCGCAGUCUAGUCUCCAGCUCGGGGGGAGCUUGAAGCUGGACGAAAUACAAGAAGGGAAAGAUGUCUACCUCGAUUGCAAGGUUCAAUCGAAUCCGUAUACGAACGACGUUGGAUGGUUGUUCAAUGGCGAGGAACUUUCCUCCAAUCAGACGUCGGGAGUGAUCGUAUCCAGUCAGUCGUUGGUACUUCAACGCGUGACUCGAGCUCAUAGAGGGAAGUAUGCCUGCCACGCGACCAACAAAGAAGGCAAAGGCAUUUCGUCCGAAUUCAACCUUAGGAUUAAGUUCGCUCCGGUUUGCAAGGAUCCGCAACGUUUUGUGUACGGAGUGUCGAAGCACGAAAGCGUCGCGAUCCAUUGUCAGGUAGAUUCGGAUCCGGAGCAGGUGUCUUUCAGAUGGGCAUUUAACACUAGCGACGGGAAGCUCAAGGAGAUCACCGAAGGUUUCACGACAUCUUCGGGAGGAAAGAGCACGCUCGUUUAUCGACCCCUCUCCGACGAAGAUUACGGCCAACUCCUCUGCUGGGCCACGAAUUCUGUUGGCAUACAGAGGCAUCCGUGCCCGUACACCAUCAUCACCGCAGGACCGCCAGACGCUGUCCAGAAUUGCACGCAAGUGAACGCGACCGAGGACGGAAUGGCGAUUGAAUGCGCGGAAGGUCUCUGGGACGGAGGUCUUUCAAAUCCUGUGUUUGUGGCCGAAGUUUAUGAGGCGGAGGGAUCCGGUAGAGGUCCGGUUGCGAACGUUACGACACACGGUCUCCCACUGUUCGUCAUCAAAGGAAUCCCAGGAGGACAAAGUUUUCGGGUCGUCAUCACAGCCAGCAAUGCGAAGGGUCGAAGCCCUCAGUUCAUUGUCAUGGCUCAAACGCCGAGACCCGCCGAAAAAUACACAGCUGACGGCGCCGCCAUGCUGGCGUUCAGGCCCCUGGUCGGAAUCAUAGUCGGAGUAGCGAUCGCGCUCAUCAUCACCACGGUUGGCCUCAUCGUUGCUCUCCGCUGCCGGCGAACAGGACUCAACAAGCACAAACCUGCGACGCAAACCAGCGAGAAGGACAAUGUUAUGAGCUCGGGAACUUGUCCCGACGAGAAGCCUCUGGCCGUGCUUCUGAAGAAGGAUCCCAUGAUUAGUGAAACACUCGAUCUUGAGUGUAAAGGCCCCGAUAUCAUCCCGAUCCGCGGGAGUUCGAACAAGGGCCUUCAAGGUAACUGCUAUUACGUGAAUCUCGAAAGGGGCGCUCUCCCGGUUGAGCGUUACUCGACAAUCCUCCCUGGUCGUUCGAGUGUCGAUGCCGCAUUACACAGUAGUCAACUGACGCAGGACAUGAUAUGCGGGCCCUCGAAUCCCGGUCUCAACGCAGACUAUUCCGAGUUGGUUUUCGCGAGGAGUAUCGUGGCCCUACCACCUCCGGGCCAACCGGAUCCUCUGCCCGUGGUGACCAGUGCACAGACGGCUCCCAUCGGGGGAACUUUGGGUAGACGCGGAAAACUACCGCCGACGGAAUUCGCCCGGAUCGACUUCCAUCGGACCCUGCGACCGGUGCCAGGUCAGCACCUGCUCGCCGCCGAGGACCACUCUGCAUAUCCCAUCGUUGGCGACAUCGAUCCCAGCAUGGCAAUAGAGUCGAACAACGGCAUUGAAUCAACUGUAUAGCGAGCUUUGUCUGUUGACCUCAUCAUGAAUGUGAGACGAUGGAGCGCUUCGAGGGAAGCGGAAGCAAUCCUCAUGGAUUCCUUCGCAGCAACUCAAACACCCCGAGGGUAGGCGAUAAGCGGGCUGCGCCUCAGGACUUUUAAGGACAAAUCAAAGCGGCGACCUCAGCUCCAGACGGAGCCUCCUGGUCUCCUGUCUCCUUCUUGACCCAUUCCUCAGAAACUCUCUGCCAACACCGCUCGACAAGAGGAAAAUCAGACCCGGGUUCGCCCGCGGGAUUCUCCACCUCUGUUCAGUUUCGAUGCCGAGUGGCUCGAAUGAUUCGUAGGGGCAAUGCGAGCGAUCGGUGUGAUACUCGCAGGAAGGUUUUGUGUUGUCGGACCGCGACACAGAUUAUUUGUUCGAAAGCGUGGGUCUGAAGUGCGA